GUGCUACCCGUCAUUCAUGACAAACCCUAGUUUGUCGACCGGAAACGGAUUCAGUCGUCAAAAUAGGAAAGAGAAAAAAAAAUGGAGACAAAGCUCUAUGAUGGGCGAAAGACAGCUACAAAACAAUGGAUUGUCGACCCGUUUUCCUUUUCGCGAAGCAACUUGUCAAGCCAUUGUAAACCCCAAUCUCUCCCUCAUUAGCGUCGAUUUAUCGUCUUAUUGUUCUUUUUUAAAAAAAUCGCACCUUCUGGGAGCAAUUUAAGCUUGCCCACGGAUAUUUCCUUUCAGUCGUGUUAUAAAGAUAGAAAAAAAGGUUGCCAAAUUUUCGGAAUUGAGCGUUAUCACAGUUUUUGAUUAUUAUUGAACCAUAAAUUUGUAGCAUAAAUUCUGUUAAAAAUCGUGCUAUUAUUCGAGACCUACCCCGCUAUUUCAAUUUGACUAAACAUAUUAAAACCUUUUUUUUCCGAGAGAGGCUAAUAGGAUUGUAGGGAAAGGAAGCGGAUGGAGGGGGGUUGAAAGUGGGAGUGGCUGAGCUGAGGUAGGCACGAAAGAGUUUCCAUGCAUCUGUCUUUCUUUAGUAUUUGGUGGGUGAAUAUCCCAUGUGGCGUUCUAUUCGUCGGUUUCUUUUGUAAAGAUAUGCUUCGUCAACAAUCUCAGCUUCCUUCAGUUAGUUUUUGAAUAUCCCCUCCCACAGCAGUGGGCGCUUCAAUAAUCGUACGCCCUCGUCCCACCUCCCCCUUCACUGCGUGUAUAUGUGUGUGUGUAGGCAGCAUUUUUGGGUACGUUUUAAACCAUACUUUUGGAAAGUGGUGUUUAGUCUUCUUCCGCCGUUAGCCUGAAGAGCACACGUAUGAAAAGCGUACACAGAAGCCCACUUUCCAAUUUUCUUGUUAUUUAUUUUGUUUGUUCAUCAGUAUGCGACCUCAACUUGACAACUAGUCAUUGCUGAGUCAUUCCACGUCCAGAUGACAUUAAAAGUUUCGACCGAAUGAGUUGCCAACAAGCCACGCCACGAGGUCACUUGCUGUGGUCCUUCAAUGUCAAGAAACUGGAUCGUGCCGUCCAUUCCAUCCAAUUCUUUUACGUGUCGGGAGAGACGAAAAAGCCUCUCGUUCAAUCGCAGAGUGUAUGCAUCAGUGACUAUUUUGAAUCGGUAGAAAGCAAUCCGGAUGUGGACAAGGAAAUGGCUCGCGUGGCUGCCUCGUACCUUGGCGAUGACCAACAUCUUUAUUCACCGUUAUGGAUGAAAAUCACGGGUGAAAGUGUGUACCAUUUCGAUCGAAGCGGAUGUGAGCCCAUUUAUGAAACCCUUUAUCCUCGUCCGUGUGGUCACCAAGAGACCGUUAAUGGCACACAGCCUCCGCCUCUUCCGCCACGCAACACGCCCAUCACCACGACCAAUUCGCACAAGCCGUUGACACGAACCAAUGCUUUGCUCAACUACAGUAGCAGUAGUUUGAUUCAGAGUAGCACUGAAUCAUCGUCUCCUCCGACGCAAACCGAGACUGACGAUGUAUUCAAAUCGGAAGCGAUCCGAUGCUCGGCUUCUUCUCCCUCGGAUGAAGAACUUGUCAAUUUGAGCUCGUAUCCGCCACCACCUCCACCCCGAAUCAAAACGUCAGACACAGAUGUCAGUGAUAACCAACCAACCGAAGAGAAUCAACAUUUACCUCCGCAAUUGCCUGCUCGUUGUGUAAGCCAUCAGCUACUUCCUCCAGCCCUUCCGAAACGAAUUGCAUCCACUAGUCCGGAACUGAGCAUUCGAAACAGUCAGAACAAAGCCGCAUCGAUGACAACGUUGCUCACCGAUGCUAGUUCCUCCUCAUCGCCGAUUGUUCGGCAGCAGCUAUUGCCGACCAUCUCCACUCUUCCGCAUCGUACGCGCUUCCAAAAAAUUCAACCCAACAGCACGGAUGAGGAACCGUUACCGCCAAUGUGGGAGGCACGUACGGACAGCCACGGAAGAGUAUUUUACAUAGACCAUCGUACCAAAACGACGUCGUGGCAACGGCCAAAGGCGACCGAUGAGUCCACAGUGGCUGAAUCAGCUACGGCAGAGGCCAGCAAUGAUAUUUGGCGUCAGCAGCUGGAUCGACGAUAUCAGAGUAUCCGCAGGACAAUCAAUCGACGCCAAAGAGAAGAAACAAAUGCAAUUCCGGCAGAAGCCGAGCCUCAGCCAAGACCACAAGUGCCAACGGAAACUGCAUCCACUACGGUUGCCGCAGCGGAUUUGCCUAGUUCGCCGGCAUUGCGGUUCGUCACGAGACCGGAUUUCUUUUCUCUUUUACAUAACAACGAAGAAGCGUUACGAUUGUAUAAUCGCAAUCCUGCCAUUAGGCAAUUAUUAUCUAAAGUGUGGAGGGACCCCUCAUGCUUUGAACGUUAUCAGCACAACCGUGAAAUAGUGACGCUGUUGAAUUUAUUCGCCGAGGCUUCACGGCCGCUUCCGUCCGGAUGGGAAGCCCGACUCGACAAGCACGGUCGACCUUUUUAUGUGGAUCAUCAAAACAAAUCGACAUGGUAUAUUGAUCCGAGAUUGCCGCAAUUGAUCAGUGCCCCAUCGCAGUCUGCGAGUGCUGACGAUCAAUCAGAUUCAGGAAGAGCUCCCAUUCCACCUCCUCGACCUCCGACGAUACCAGUAGCGACAGGAAGUCAAGGGGCAGUUGCCUCAGCUCCGCCUUUCGAGCCCACCAUUCCAACAGCUUACAACGAGAAAGUUGUCGGCUUCCUCCGUCAACCGAACAUUGGACAUAUUUUGAAAGAGAGAUAUCCGGAUUUCAGUCGCAACACUCGAUUGCGCGAUACGGUUAAUCGGGUCAGAUCAGAAGGAACUUCGGCGCUAGAUCGACUGGUCGGUGACGACCUUGUAGAUCUAACGAUCGUUCUCAGUUUGUUCGAAAAUGAAAUUAUGUCCUAUGUGCCCGCAAAUCCGGCCGCUAGCAACAACCAAGAGAUGAACGCAACUAGUUUCAAUGGAUCGGCAUCUUCCUCAAAUGAUUCGCCUGCCCCUGUUCGUUCUGUUCGAUUACCAACCCGCCAGGGCCAACGCGAUUUCGAAGCCAAAUUGCGACAGUUUUACCGCAAACUUGAAUCAAAAGGUUAUGGCCAAGGCCCAAACAAAUUCAAAAUUCCUGUCAGACGAACUCAUUUGUUGGAAGAUGCAUACACGAAAAUUAUGUCAGCCUCCAAAAAGGAAAUGCAACGAUACAAACUACAAAUUAGUUUCCUCGGAGAAGAAGGACUUGAUUACGGAGGACCAUCCAGAGAAUUUUUCUUUCUCAUAUCUCGACAGAUGUUUAAUCCCUAUUAUGGGUUGUUUGAAUAUUCGGCGAAUGAUACGUACACCGUCCAAGUAUCGCCCAUGUCUACAUUCGUCGAUAAUCACCACGAAUGGUUUCGAUUUUGCGGCCGUAUCUUGGGACUGGCCUUAGUUCAUCAAUAUCUUCUGGAUGUGUUUUUCACCCGGCCUUUCUACAAGAGUCUACUUCGUUUACCUGUCGAGUUGAGUGACGUAGAAUCCCUAGAUUCUGAAUUCCAUCAGUCCCUUCAGUGGAUGAAAGAAACUGACCUAAACCAUCUUUCGUCUGAUCUGGAAUUGACGUUUGCUGUUACCGAAGAUAUUGGUGGGCAACAUGUCGAACGCGAACUGAAAGCCAAUGGCCGUAACCUUCCCGUAACCGAAAAGAACAAGAAAGAUUACAUCGAACGCAUGAUUCGAUGGAGACUGGACCGUGGUGUAGCCGAACAGGUGCAAUCUUUAGUUCGUGGUUUCUACGAAGUUCUCGACCCACGGCUAGUUUCCAUUUUCGAUGCUCGAGAAAUGGAACUUGUUCUUGCCGGAACGGCUGAAAUUGACGUGACUGAUUGGAGGAAGAAUACCGAGUACCGUUCAGGAUAUCACGACCAACAUGAUGUCAUUAGAUGGUUCUGGGAAGCGAUUGACCGCUUCACCAACGAACAAAGACUUCGCCUUUUACAAUUCGUAACCGGUACUUCUAGCAUUCCCUACGAGGGAUUCGCUUCGCUACGCGGAAGUACCGGUCCUCGCCAAUUUUGCAUAGAAAAAUGGGGCCAACCUGUCAGUCUUCCUAGGGCUCAUACCUGUUUCAAUCGGUUGGAUUUACCUCCAUACGAGAGUGCGGAAGUGCUGUACGAAAAACUACUCCUUGCAGUUGAAGAGACCAGUUCAUUUGGAAUUGAAUAAUAAAGCACACCUGGUCGCCUUCCUCCUAUUUACGUCCAUUUUUGUUGGUGUUGUACAUUACAUGCAGUGCCAAGACAAAAGUACCAAAAGCUAUUGGCUAUGACCGGUACCGUCCUAGUCAGCGCUUCAUGUUUAUUUUCAACUCUCAAGAAAGUUGUUGAGAAAGCUGGUGUCAUUUGAUGAUUGAUUUAUUCUAGUGUCGAAAUAAUACAUUGUGAAUUUAAAUGCAUAAA